GCAGGCGCCCGCCAGCUGGAGACUCCACGGAGCGCGGCCCCGCGGCCUCGCCGCAGAGCGGGCUGGCGCUUCCCGAGCCCGCGGGGCUCUCGGCCGGGCACUGGGCAGGGGCGUCCUCCUCCCGCCAGGGAAAGCAGAGAAAAUGAAAGCCUAUCUAAAGAGCGCCGAGGGCUUUUUUGUCCUGAAUAAAAGUACCACGAUUGGGAAGCAUGAGGAUUCAGACCUUGUUUUGGAGUCCGCGGACAUCGACAACCACCACGCGCUCAUCGAGUUCAGCGAGGCGGAGGGCGGCUUCGUUCUCCAGGACUUCAAUUCCCGCAACGGCACGUUCGUCAACGAGUGUCACAUCCAGAACGUGGCUGUGAAGCUCAUCCCCGGAGACAUCCUGAGGUUCGGCUCCGUGGGGCUGACCUAUGAACUGGUCGUCGAAAACCCACCCCCGAUCUUCUCCUGGGCGAGGGGCCCCACAGCCUGGCCGAGGCCACAGCCGACACAGGCCACCCAGCAGCCGCUCGAGGCGCCCCCACCACCUCUGAACCUCUUCUACCAGGGCAUCCGGCCGGUGCCCCUGCAGCGGAGCUGGUCCCAGGGGUUCCCCAGGACCUCCGUGGUCCCACCUGCCCCCCACCAACGGCCGGUGAGCGCCAGCGGGAAGAUGUUCUCCUUCGUGGUGGACAGCGGCCACAAGUCCCCCAUCAUCAAGCAAGUGUGGACGGGGUCCAUGGACAUGCCUGAGUGCUCCAUACCAGAGGGGAUUCCUGGAGCCGUGCCUCCCGCGGAGAUUUACAUGGAGCCGGACAUGGUCCCGCAGGACAAGGAUGAGAUCAUCCUGAUGCUGGGCAGAGAGAUCAGCCGACUCGCCGAUUUCGAAAUCGAAUCCAAAUACAAAGACGCCGUGAUCGCGAACCUGCAGAACGAAGUGGCCGAGCUCAGCCAGAGGCUGUUGGAGAUUACCGCCUGCCGGCAGGGGGACAGGGGGACAGCGCAGAAGGCCGAGGGCCUGGAGGAAGGCAUGGACGACAAGCAGAAGGAGAUCCAGAGCUUGAAGCAGCAGAUCAGUGCCCUUCAGAAGGGCUACAACCAGAUGCUGUGCCGGACGCUGUCUGAGCGGAACUCAGAAAUCACGUCCCUGAAGAACGAGGGCGAGACUUUGAAGAGGGACAACAGUGUCACGGCAGGGAUGGUGACAUCUUUGCAAAAAGACAUCUUAGCAAGGAAUGAGCAGGUUCAACAGCUGAAAGAGGAGGUGGACCAGCUGAAGAGUCAGAACAAGGAGAAGGAGCUCCAGCUGGAAACCCUGAACGCCAGGUGCUCAGCACUGAAUGAAGAGUUAAAAAAAGAAGGUUCCCAAAAGGAGCACAGAGAAGCCCAAGAGAAAGAGCUGAAACACUGCAAGAGCCAAAUCCAAGACAUGGAAAAGGAAAUGAAGAAGCUGAGGGAGGAGCUGAGGAAGAACUGUUCUGAGCAGAGCAUGAUCUACAAGACUCUGAGAGAAAAGAGCAAGGUCGAAGAGAAACUUCAGGAGGAUUCCAGAAGGAAAUUGCUUCAGCUGCAAGAAAUGGGGAACAGAGAGAGCCUCAUUAAGGUCAAUUUGGAAAGGGCAGUAGGUCAGCUGGAGCAGUUCAGAAGCCAGGUCAUCAAAGCCACCUACGGGCAGGCGAAGCCCUGCCAGGACAAGGCCAUCACGGACCAGCAGCUGAUAGAGAAGAUCACUCAGGUCACCGAGGACAACAUCAACUUUCAGCAGAAAAAGUGGAACCUGCAGAAGGAGAGCCAGCUGAGCCAUUCCAAACAGGAGGAGACCGCGAAGAACAUGGAGAAGCUGAAGGCCUCACUGGACAACUGCCAGGCUUGCAUGAAAAUGUCUUGCUGCAGCAGCGACCUAAAGAGGGAAGUCGACCUCCUCCAGCACCUUCAGAUGAGCCCACCUGUCCUGGGGCUCCAGAAGGUGACCCUGGACAUCCUGAACCACUCACUAUCCUGGCUGGAGGAGACAGAGCAGCUGCUCAGGGACCUCGGCAUCCAGCUGUCCGGCUCCGACAAAGGGUUCUCUUUGUAUCUGAUAUACCUUCUGGAUCAUUAUAAAAAGAUUACGAACCAGACCCAGGAACUUCAGAUCAAGAUCAGCAGCUCUCAGGAAACCCACCAGUUUCUGCUGCAAGAAAAGCUGCAGGAGCAUCGGGCAGAAAAGGAGAAGCUGAACGAGGAGAUGCUGGAGCAAGAGGAGAAGCUGAAAGCCAAAAUCAGGCGGCUGAUGGAAGAGAAGGAGGCUCUGGAGGACGAGGUUGCUCAAGAGAAAAGCAGCGCGAGGGAGGCCUUGCAGAAGGAGCAGAGGAGAGUGCAGGAGCUGGAGAGCCGCCUGGCCCGCCAGAAGGAGACUCUGGAGGAACGCAUCGCUCAAGAGAAAAGCAGAUCCACGGAGGCCCUGGAGGAGAAGGAGAGCAGGGUCCAGGAGCUGGAGGGUCGCCUGGCCCGCCAGAAGGAGGUUUUGGAGAGCAGCAUCGCCCAGGAGAAGAGGAAGGCCAAGGAAGCCCUGGAGUCGGAACGACGGAAGGCGCAAGACCUGGAGAACCACCUGACCCAGCAGAAGGAGAUCUCGGAAAACAGCAUCAGCUAUGAGAUUCAGAAGGCGAAGGAGGCCUUGGAGAAGGAAAGGAGGAAGGUGCAGGACCUGGAGAACCGACUGACCAAGCAGAAAGAGGAAAUAGAAUUAAAAGGGCAAAAAGAGAACACUUUAAAUAGUAAGUUAAGUGACGCUCUGGCCAUGGUAGAAGAGGCUCAGCAAACCAAGAGGGCCGAAAGCCUCAGAGCAGAGAGUCUCGCCCUGAAGCUAAACGAGACCUUGGCCGAACUGGAAACCGCCAAGACGAAGCUGAUCAUGAUGGAGGAGCAGAUAAUACUGCAGCAGCUGACAGUGAAGAGUCUCCAGGACCAGCGGGAAUCACAGAAACAUGGGUUUGAAGAAGAAAUCAUGGAAUACAAGGAGCAAAUCAAACAGCACUCCCACACGAUCGUGAGCCUAGAGGAGAGACUCCAAAGGGUGACCCAACACCAUAAACAAAUAGAAGAAGAGAUCGCAUCUUUGAAGGACAAUAGCCCAGCUGAGAAGGUGGAGAUGCUGGAAGAGCCUCCAGUGGCACCCCCGUUGGAGAACGGCACCGGAGAAAUGGCGUGCGACCACCUGAUAGAUGACUUACUGUCUGCUCAGAAGGAAAUCCUGUCUCAGCAGGAGGUCAUCAUGAGGUUAAGGAAAGACCUCAACGAAGCCCAUGGCCGAAUGUCAGACCUGCGAGGGGAGCUCAGCGAGAAGCAGAAGAGGGAGCUGGAGCGGAACAUGAUCCUGGUCCAGCAGCAGAGCCGGGAGCUGUGCACGCUCAAGGCGAAGCUGGCCCAGAUGAGCAACCUGGUGGAGAAGAAGGACCGGGAGCUCAAGGCCCUCAAGGACGCGCUCAGGGCUUCCCAAGAGAAACACACACACCAGCUGAGCGUGGAGAAGGAGAAACCCAAGAACGCCACCCAGAAGUGUGACAUCUCCGUGCAGAUAGAACCAAUGCACCCUGACGCUUUCUCGAGCAGUCAAGAGGAGCAGUCCUUCAGUGACCUGGGGGCCAAGUGCAGAGGCUCCCGACACGAGGAAGUCAUUCAGCGUCAGAAAAAGGCCCUGUCAGAACUCCGAGCCCGAAUCAAAGAACUAGAAAAGGCCUGCUCUUCCAAUCAUAAGGACCACCUGAAUGAGUCAUUUCUAGAACUAAAGACGCUCCGAAUGGAAAAAAACAUCCAGAAAAUAAUACUGGACACAAAACCCAUCUUGUCAACUCCCUCCAGAAUGGAGAUCCAAGCGGACAGUCUCUCCAACUCAGACUCCAGCUCUGCCGAGAAGUCAGAGAAAACGGACGUCACCGAGGCGUUAGAUCUCAGCGAGAGACUGUACCUGGACAUGAGCAGGACGCUCGGAAGCCUGAUGAAUAUCAAGGACAUGUCGGGUCUCGUGUCCAUGAAACACCUGUCCCCCAAAGAGAGGGAGAAGGUCAACCAGCUGCGACAGAGAGACCUGGACCUGGUGUUUGAUAAGAUCACCCAGCUCAAGACCCGGCUGCAGAGGAAAGAGGAGCUCCUGAAAGGCUACGAGCAGGACGUGGAGCGGCUCAGGCAGAGCAAAGUGUCCGUGCAGAUGUACCAGUCACAGGUAGCGAAGCUGGAGGACGACAUCCACAAAGAGACGGAGGAGAAGGCGCUGCUGAAGGAGGCCCUGGAGCGCACGGAGCACCAGCUGCAUCAGGAGAAGAGGAUCAGCAGGGCCUUCAGGCAGCAGAAGGAACGUUUAGAGGAUCACGAACACAGAAAUGCCAAAGCACCAGCACCUUGCAACUGUUCCUUCAAAGAAAACCAGCGGCAGGUUGGAGCCAAAAAAGCCACCCUAAAGAUGGACCAAGAAAAAGAGAUGAAAAAAGAAACAUCCAGAAAACCCAGCCAGAGCCUGUUGUUUUCUAAGCCCGGUGGAAGGAACUAGAACGAUGUCAUCUCAACCCAGACUCACGUGAUCCUCCAUGAGUCGGUUUGACUCUUCCGUGUCAAAAUAUUAAGACGCUUAUGCAGGACUUUAAAAAUUGUUACCCUAGCGUUUGACUUUCUAGACUGGUAUUUUGCACAGUAUGUAUUUGGGUGUGUGUGG